GCGGCGGCGGAGCCCCGGGGCGGCCCCGGGCGCGGGCGGGCUGCGCGGCCGCUGCGGCUGUGCCCGGCAGGCAGCCAUGGAGCGCUUCGGGGUGAAGUCGGCGCCAUCGCGGAACCGCUCCAAGACCGCCCUGUACGUGACGCCCCAGGACCGCGUGACCGAGUUCGGCAGCGAGCUGCACGAGGACGGCGGCAAGCUCUUCUGCACCUCCUGCAACGUGGUGCUGAACCACGUCCGCAAGUCCGCCAUCAACGACCACCUCAAGUCCAAAACGCACACCAAGAGGAAGGCGGAGUUCGAGGAGCAGAACGUCAGGAAGAAGCAAAGGACUCUGACCGCCUCCCUGCAGUGCAACAGCACUGCCCAGACAGAGAAAAGCAGUGUGAUCCAGGACUUUGUGAAAAUGUGCCUGGAAGCCAAUAUUCCCCUGGAGAAGGCUGAUCACCCCUCUGUGCGAGCCUUCCUGUCCCGCUACGUUAAGAACGGCAGCUCCAUACCCAAGUCGGAGCAGCUAAGGAAAGCAUAUCUGCCUGAUGGAUAUGACAAUGAGAACCAGCUCAUCAACACCGAAGACCGUUGAGAAGAGAACUGUUUUCAUCCUUGUUGUGAAGUUUUACAUAUUGAUGGUGUGGUUUAUUUUUAUAUUCAUGCAUAUAUACAGUGUUACAUAUUGAUUUUACAAGCUAUUUUGUAUUCUUGUAGAAAUGACAAUCUACUCCUGAACUUAGCAGCGUGCUGAAUAUUGUUGCUAACCCUGCUGUGGACUUCAGAGCUACAUGGAUGUAGAGCUCCUGAGGAAUGUAGGGAGCAUCCCUGGCAUACAGCUGAUCUCUGAUCAGUCCAGCUGUAACAGGCUGAGACAAAGGCACUUGAAUGGAGGACCCCACUUCAGAGUGCAUCUAAGAAGACAGUGUGAUACAGGGAUUGCUGCUGGUGGCAGUGGAUUGCUUUGUCCAGUAUCCUGUCCCUGAGUGACCAAGAAGAGGUGCUGCACCUUCAAAAUGCAAGAAGCUCUAGGAUGGUUAGUUAAAAUAUCACUGCUCUGUUGGGGGAGGACUACUGCAACUUUCUAUUCAAGCUUGGUUUACGUUUUGAAACAGAAAACAUUUUUCUUCUAGAACUCUCUCUUAUGCUGUUUGGUGCAACUGUGGAUGUAUUCAUUAUCCAGCUUAACUAGCCAGUCUGUUGUACCUACCUCUGAACUCCACUAUUCUCAUAAGGCUGGGAGUUCUGCAGGUUUGCCAUGUCUGCUUUUCUAAAAUCACUGUCCCUUUGUCUUGGUUUCACAUGCCCCCUUCCAUUUCAGUGCCAAUAUUUGAAAGCUGAGUAGACAAACCAGUAACUGAGUGUGGUUUGCAGUGCAGCUGCUGUCAAGUGAAACUUAUCCUGGACCAAGUUCUUAGCAGAGAAGAUUAAUGCCUUUUUCCUACUAGCAGGACUAAGCUAAAUCUAUAUUGGGGAUGGCAGAGGUACUAAAUUCAGGAGUUGGGAAGGUUUUUUCAUUGAGCACAGGAGAAGAGGCUGCUCCAUCUUUCCCUGAAGGUCCUUUACACCUCUGGCCUUGUCAUCAGCGUUUCAGUCAAGGGAGGUGAAGUGAUUGAAAUAGUUUUUAAAGCAGUUACUGCAAAGGCUCUUCAGUACUUGUAAGCACAAGUAGGAAGGCACAUACACUUUGAAUUUAAACUGGAAUUACAGACCUGGGCAGUAUUUCUUACUCUGUGCCAUGGCCACAUCUAUUGGACUAGCAAAAAGCAAAAUGGGAAAUCGAAGAAUUUCAAUAAUGUUACUCUCUCCAAAAUCUAGUAAACUGUUACUAAGCUAUUCCAAAUGAUGAUGCCAAAUAGUUCACCUGACACAAGUGUUCUAUAAAGGUUUUGAAUUAAAUGAGGGAGUACUAUGCAAAGUGCUGGAAUACAACUGACCUCUGCCUGCUCUAGAUCUCCUGGAGAUGCUCUGGGUUCAGAGAGGUGCCCAGCAUCUCCUAGGAGCACAGGAAUCCUCUCUCCAUGGGUACAAUGGCAUAAGGAUGCUUUAACUCCCAAGGGUGGAGGCAGUUGUCCAGCUUCCUUUCCCCAGCAGAGUUUCACAGCCGUUUAUUUACAGCAAUCCAAAGGAAUUCCUGAAAAGAGACAAAAUAAUCAGAUUAUUUUGGGUUUGGAGCUAUUUCCCCAGCUCUAUCUAGAGCAGUCUCCUUUGCUGGGCUGAGAGAGAUUUACAUAGUAAGAAGUACUUUUUUGUGCAAUUAGUCUGCAGAAAUGCACUUGUGUUCCACGUCCUGCUAUGAAACCUGCUGGAAUAAAUGGACAAAGCUAAAAAGCAGAAGGUUUCUUACCCGAGUGCAUCAGUCCAGGGGUGCUCAGCCUACUGCUGGUCUAGGACUUCAGACAGAAAUAGCAGUACCAACUUUUUAAUCUAAUCCUAGAGAUCAAGAUAUGCCUUCCUAAAUAUCAUUUUUUAGUGCACAAGCUUGUGUUUAGCUUAAAAUCCUUAACUGCCUUGGGCUAGAACUGUUUAAUAAAUCUUCUGAAGCCAAGUGAAAGAUAAACUGCCAAUAGCCAUUUCUGUCCUGACAAGAAUUGAAAGUAUUUUCUCACAGCUGCUGUUUCCUUACAGUGAAACAACAUCCCUGCUUUAAUUUUUCAUCUCUUUUGAAACCUCAGCAGCACUGUCUUAGAAUUGAGGCAAAUGAAGGAUAAUGGGAUAUUGAGAAAAUAAAAGCAGCUAGAGAAAAGGGAUGGUCAAAAGGCAUUCAGGAAUUUGAGCUAGUUCACUCAGUUUUUGCUAACAUGGGAUUUUUCAGGCUGCACCCCACAACAGUUUUAUAUAGGAUUAGAUGCUGUAUGUGUUUCCCUUGACUGACAGAUUGACAGACAUUUUGAAAUGCUUCAUGGGAACAUUAAAUAGGCUCUUGCAUAACUAAAAAAAAAAAAAAAUCAAGUUCCUUGCAAAGUUACAAUUUUACAUAAAAAUAAAAAAAAAUUUCAAGUGUAACAAACUCAAUUUGCUGGACACUACUGUCUUAAGAAUAGGAUAUUUUCCUUUAAAAAUAAUGCCAUAAUACUUUUGAAGUUUUUUGAAAAUCAAGACAUUGAUCCAUUGCAACAAACAUUAAUAAUGGAGUAAAGCUAUGAAAAACAAAGCACUUCCAGGUAAUCUAGAAAGAGUAAGUUUAGAAUCAUGAACAUAACCCAAAUCAUCACAUUUUUAGAGAAAAUAUGAGUAAGUGGCUGCAUUCUAUCAUGAAACAGAGUCCUGCAAACACUCAAAUUCAGAACAUAAUUUUGCCAGUAUGGCUGCAGUUGGAUAAAACAUAACUUUCUUUUCAUUGCUGUUGAUCUCAGGGAAGAUUUACAGCAAAAGUUUUCUCAUCUAUUUAAACCUAAAGAAUAACUAAAUUCUAGUUUUGAGGCUGUGAUGGAGUUAUUUGAACAGGCACCAUGGGGGUUUAAUUUCUUGUGCAAAAAUGUAUUUCCUGUAAAGAAGAAAAUUCUCAGAAGGGAGGAUGGCAACAAAAUUCUGCCAGGUGGUUUUAGGAAUAUAUUUGAACUAUAAAUGUUAUUUUAAAAAAUUAAAAGAAGAAAAAUUUUCUUUUCUGACCAAUACUUAAACUAAUUUAGCAAAAUCAGUUAAAAUGGCUCCCAAGUGUUUUUCUUGAAACAACACUUGCAAAAAUAAAAUACAAAGAGGAGCAUUCUCUGUUCAGUGACUCCUUACAUGGAAACACCAUGAUAGUUUCAGCUUGCAUGUUCUUGACAAAACAUGAGUAAGCUUCAAAAUUUUUAAUUAUUUUGAAGCCUGUAAUUUGGCAAGUCCCAAGGGAAGGUGAAGCAUUCAGCAUAAUGAAAGGGAAAUCUGUUUUUCAACAGAGAGAGAAACUUGUUCUGCACAGUAUGGGAUAUUCUCAUGAUAGAAAGGCUGGUUUUAGCCAGAGCCCCUUUUGGCAAUUCUGUUGAACUGGAAAGUGAGAUGCUCCCUGUAAGGUUUUGCAGCAUAAUGAGCUGGUUUUCAGGAAAAGGGAAAAAAAAAAGCUGGAAGUUUGGCAAGGAUAAUCUCUAUUUAUAUUUACAUAUAAAGAGAGGCAAGGCUUACUGUUGUUGCAUUCACAUUGUACUCACUGCUACUUACUCUGUGUAAUUUGAGUGCUUGUUGUCUUUGUACAAUUUUAAAGUCGUGUCUAACUUUCAAAAUAUUUUUAUUUUAACAAAGCUUCUCACUGUAAUAGUGCUGUUAGAGUUUGGUCUCUUUUGGUCUAAUGAAGAUGCUUUAUUUUUGUUUUGGUGGUAGAAAUGUUUUGUUGAUGGUGAGUGGCCACAGAAAUGGUUUUAUUUAAAAUAACAGUCAUGAACUUAUGAUUAGAUACUAGAGUGAGGCUGAAAAUACCUGGGGUCCUGCAGUGCCACAAGACUUCCUGUAGGAACAGUAAGACCAGAGUAAGUGAUUUAAGUUUUUAUAUUAAAACAAUACUGAAGAGAAAUACUUUACAUUGUAAAGUUUUCACUUGGUAAUGAAAAAACAGUCUCUUUAAAAAAAGAAAAAUAAAGGUAUUCCUUUUUUAUAGAA